ACGCUUCCAGGCUUAUUCCUGAAUCUGGGCUCGAAUAGUGAACAUCAAAGUUUCUACAGAGUUUCUAAUUUUAUCAUCGCUAUUGAAUAUAAAUAUAAUUGUGGGAGUGUCUGACGAGGGACCAACUGAUUGAAUAAAGGGAUUGCAGAGGCAUACAUCGCCAGGGAAGAUUAUACCGUUAUAUACUUUCAGAUACGCUUUAUCUUCAUACGAUUAACAUAUAUUAAACUAGAUCUGAACAACCAAAGACCGAAAAUGUUGUCGGCCAUUGUCCCAGAAGAAACGAAAAUGGAUGUCAUGCAGAGGGUAUGUCAAUCGAAUCGCAGCAGAUCCUCCUUAGUUGUCGUCGAUGAUGAUUCCGAGUGUACCGAACACAACACAUUUUCCAACCAGGAUAACAAUUUGUAUUCGGACAGGAUUUCGUUCGAUUCUCAGAGGCAGUAUUUGAUAUUGGACGCGUCCGAGUUGGGAGAUUUACCGGCUCGUUACGUAAUAGCGCCAGUGGGAUCACAUCAAUUCCCUGUUUUGGGUGUAUAUAUUGACAAACGAGUUAUUACAGGCUUUAAGUACCGCGUACGUCCGUUGCCCUGUGUCCAGGAUAACUUGCCAGACACCAGGCGCAACCACCGCGAGUGCUGCCUGUUCGGAAAUCGUGCACUCACCCUAGAGUCCAUAGGAAGAGGUUACUCAAGGAGAUUCACCUUCGAGGCGGACAAGGGUUGUCUGAACAACAAUAAUAACUAUUUCUGGAGCGACAACCAUCCGGGGGGAUACGCGUUCGAACUGGAGGUCAUUUCCGAGGGCGACAAAUUCACAUUGUUCGACGUCAACGGGGAGGCGCAGGGAACCGUUGAAGUUGUUAAAAUUGAGGUGCCCCAAUUUGAAAUAGGUAUGAAGGUUGAGAAGGAAUCAGUUGAAAAGAGGGUGAGUGUUAAGUUCACCGGCAAGGUGGAGUCGUUCGAGACGGGUGUCGCGAAACCGAUGCUCGUCUCCGGCGUCGCCGUUUGUAUCAAAACCAAGAAGUCUAAGAGCGCUAAGAUCAUCAGAAUGAUCAACGUGAAUAUCCACCAUCACAGAUACUAUAUGUUGCCUGGCAUGCAAAAUAUCUACAGGCGGGUCACAGUGAGGGGUGAAAGUAUUAAUGAUGUACCUACUAAAUAUACUAUGACCGGUCUGCAACCCUACGAGAUUCCAGUUGUUGGUACAUAUGUGGAUCCUAGAAUAAUCCCUGGCUUCCAUUACAAAGUACGUCCGAACGACCAAAAAGAUCUGCUGUUCGGCGGGCGCGCCCUGAAACUGAACAGCAUCGGUAUGGGUUACGCGAAGAAGCUCAGCUUCCAACCAGAUUCCCUAUUGAAUCCAAAUAAUUACCUGUGGUCUGACAACCAUCGAGACGGUCUGGGAUUGGAGCCCAGAGCAGUGCACAUUGGCAUGAAAUUCGAAAUCCAUGCUGACACAAACAUUUUAGGUGAGGCAUCCGUCUUCAGGGCGGAUUUACCGCAGCGCGAGGAGAGAAUGGAAAGACUGGAAACUGCCAAAGGGAUUGCAGUAGAGAAGUACAUACACGUAGAUGUCAUGUGCCACAUAAAGCUCGCGAGGAGCGGGUCCAUAGACAAGGAAGAACAUCUGGUGCAAGUUUACGGUCUGGCGGUCGUGCGGAAAGAUCCCAAAAUCAAUGACAGUUAUGUGGUAAGAGUAGAGAACGUCGGCUUAGAUUCGCACCUGAAUCUAAUAUUUGCACGUAAUCACAGCGAAGUUACUUUCAUACCGAAACCGUGAAGCACUAAUUUCUACCGCUGCCUAUACUGUUGUACUUUUAUUCUCAUUAAUAUUAUGUUUUCCUUUUUAGUUUUAUAAUUUUAUCUAUAAUUUAUACAUGUUUUAGCGUUUUAGGUAUUUAGUAAAUUCGCUGUUCUGUAUGGAUAUAAGUUUGUGAUUUUAUAUUUUAUAAUACAAAUGAAUUUAUUUUGAUAA